UUGCAUAAAAAGAGGCACAGUAUAAACACGGCACAACUUAAAUCAGAGAUGGAUGCCCAGAAUUCACAACAAGCUACUUUAUACAACUCUCCUGUUAGAGACAGAAUAAAGGAAUUUAAAGGAUGUGGCGCCAUUUCUUUGGGCUCAUUGCUGAUAAUAUUGGGCAUUGGAGCUGCAAUAAUCGAUGGCAUGAUUUUCCAUAUUUAUUAUCCUAUUGAGUUGACUUUUCCAGACUUUGACACUCAUUAUUUUGUUGGAGUUUGGACUGGAGCUUUCUUUGUUCUGACUGGUAUUAUUGGUAUUGCGGCAGGAAAAUCUAAAACGCAGUGUAUGAUUACAACACUCUUGGUACUGAGUGUUAGUGGAAUAUUCUUUGCCAUUGCCUUGCUGAGUUACAGUGCAGUUACAAUGCCAGGGGCAGUACAAGGUCAAUUUAACAUAUACAAGGAUUCUCCAUUAAAUAUAUUAAAAUCAUUAAAUCCGUCACCUAGGAUCGGUCUUAAUGGGGCAUUGUUUGCUAUUGGAGUUAUUUGUGGUAUUCUGUGCAUUGUUUCCUGUGCAUUGGGCUGUGCAGUUGUUUGUUGUGGCAGGAGGAAUGCAAACACUGAGAGGUACUACCCAGAGAUGAUGGGCCAGAAUCCACAACAAACUGCCCCAGACAAUGCACCAGUGAGAGAGAAGAUUAAUGAAUUUAAAGGUUGUGGCGCAAUUUUCUUAGGCUCAUUGUUGAUGAUAUUGGGUAUUGGAGCUGCAGUAAUUGGUGGAAUGAUUUUCCAUUUCAAACCCUUGAACAUACUAAGUCCUUGGCUGUUUGCUGGAGUUUGGAGUGGAGCUGUGUGUUUGGUGACUGGUUUUAUUGGUAUAAGGGCAGGAAUAUCUAAAACGCAAUGUAUGAUUUCGACAUAUUUGGUACUAAGUGUUCUUGGAAUAUUCUUUGCCAUUUUCAUGAUAGUAAACCAUGCAAGUAUGGUAUCGUUCUAUUCAUACUCGUGGUAUUAUGCGAGAGAUCGAAGAGAAAUAUCUGUUUUGUCCCUCCGGCUCGGUCUUAAUGGGGCAUUGGUUGCCAUUGGAGUUGUCAGUGGUUUUCUGUGCAUUGUAUCCUCUAUAUUGGGCUGUGCAGUUGUUUGUUGUGGCAGAAGGAAUGUAAGAAAUGAAAACCCUUCAUGGAACUACCCAGGUGCUGAUAACUCUGGACAUAUUCCCUAUAGAUAUGGACGAGAGAUGCAACAAAAUCCCCAUCCUGCCCAGUAUCCACAGAAACGAGAACAGUCACGAUUCUAA